CUCAUGAAAUUGUUCUGUUUACUAGAAAUAAGAAAACACGCAUUGACGAAUUUUUGGUUUUAAAUUUGAUUUAGGUGUACCUAUUUGGCGUUAAAAGUUAGAAUAAAAUUGUGUACGAUUUGGUGUGUAUUUAUUAUUUUAAAGACACUUAGUUUAUCAACAUUUCUAGUAUAUUUAAGAUAAAAUGGUUAGAAAAUUGAAAUUUCAUGAACAGAAACUAUUAAGAAAAGUAGAUUUUAUAUCAUGGGAAAUCGACAACAAUUUGCACGAAGUAAAGAUUAUGAAGAAAUACCUAAUCCAGAAAAGAGAACAUUAUACAUUGUAUAACAAAUUAUCACGAGAAAUUCGGACUUUAGCUGAAAAAAUUAAAACUCUAGAACCUAAUAAUCCAUUUAGAAAUGAAAGAGGAGCACAACUUCUUGAAAAACUGUAUAUGUUGGGAUUGAUUACCAAUAAAAGAAAUUUUGAACUCUGUAACAAAGUAACUGCAUCAUGUUUCUGUAGACGUCGACUGCCUGUUAUAAUGGUACGAUCAAAGAUGGUAGAAACGCUAAAAGCGGCCACAACAUUUAUUGAACAAGGACAUGUUCGGGUUGGUCCACAACUGGUUAAAGAUCCAGCAUUUUUAGUUUCAAGACCUUUGGAAGACUUUGUGACGUGGGUUGAUAAUUCUGCCAUCAAGAAACAUGUGUUAGAAUAUAAUGAUCUAAGAGACGAUUUUGAAAUAAUAUAAUUAAAUUUAAACAAAAAUUUCUGUUAAUGUAAAAAAUGUUUAUUAAGACUAAUUAUAAAAAUGUAAUCACAA